AGUCGCAGUUGCCACUGAGCGUGGCGUGCACAAAAGACUAUCAUCUCAGUCGUUGAACGUCGAGACUCUCGGUCGGACCAGUUAAACGCUAAGAGCAGCACCGGCACGAAGGGUGUUACGUUUUCACUGAUCAGUGAGCGACGUCGAACGUGGUCGCAAGUGUUACGUCUGUUUAUUUGCGGUGCUCCUGCAACAAUAAUCCCAGUUGGUUGCCCGAAAAAAAAGAGAGUUAGUGUUCGGCAACCUCUUUUAACAAUCUGUGAAAAGUGUAACCAAAGUCAAGUAUGCAUCAAAACGUAUCAAGUCGGUUCAGUGAGUGGGAAAAUUUCUACACAUUCCUGAUUGAUGACUUGGCUGAUAAGAGGACAGAUCAUCUUCCGUUUUUGCAUAGUCCUAUGUGGCCUGUUUCAAUACUUUUACUAUACUUCGGAGCAGUGUACAUAUGGGUGCCAAAUUAUAUGAAAAACCAUAAACCUUUCGAGCUGAAAAAUUUCAUGAUGGGUUACAACCUUUUUCAAGUGAUGGCAUGCUAUCUAUUAAUUCGACACUUUUUCAAGCAUGGUUGGUCUUUCGAAUAUCUGUAUUCAUGCAAGUUACCAGAUUAUUCAAACGACUCGAAAUCAAUCGGUUUCAUGUAUGGGUCGUACUAUAACUAUGCAAUUAAAACAAUUGAACUUAUUGAGACAGUAUUAUUUGCGCUGAGAAAAAAGCAAAGCCAAAUCAGCUUUCUGCACGUGUACCACCAUGCAUGCACAUUUUGUAUCGCGUGGAUCUUUGCGAAAUACGUUGGUGGAAGUAUGCUGACAUACACUAUCAUCGUCAAUUCGACAGUGCAUAUGUUUAUGUAUUCCUACUACUUGAUUGCAAUUUUUUCCAAACAAUUGCCUUUCAAGUUGAGCGGCGUGAAGAAAUUCAUCACGGUGUUUCAAAUAGUUCAACUAAUCAGCAUCUUAGCUAACGUUGGAUUUGCUAUGCAGCGGAGCUGCCCAAUGCCACCAAUUUUGAUUCUCAUCUAUUUGCCGUAUAUGCUGAUCUUGCUGUCGAUGUUUUUCAGCUUUUAUGUCAGGACAUACAAACGAAGUGAUCGCAUUUUGCGCAAGGGUGUAGAAAUGAACAGCAAUGAAAAAGCAACGCGGAAGAUUCAGUAACCAAA